CCCCUUCCGGCAGGCUGAAAGCCUGUGGAGGAGGCGGGGUAACAUGGCGGCUCGGGCACCCGGCGUUUGCUGGCUCCGCGCCGCCGCAGCUCUGCUUUUGGGGUGCUGUGGCACAGUACUCGCCAGCGGCGUCCAGGAUCAAGCAGAACACUUCUUUAGAAGUGGACAUACAAAUAACUGGGCAGUUUUGGUGUGUACCUCUCGAUUCUGGUUUAAUUAUCGUCAUGUGGCAAAUACUCUUUCCAUGUAUAGAAGUGUCAAGAGACUGGGCAUUCCUGAUAGUCAUAUUGUCCUGAUGCUGGCAGAUGAUAUGGCAUGUAAUCCCAGAAAUCCCAAACCAGCUACUGUGUUUAGUCAUAAAAACAUGGAGCUAAAUGUCUAUGGUGAUGAUGUGGAAGUGGAUUACAGAAGCUAUGAGGUUACUGUUGAAAAUUUCUUGCGUGUAUUAACAGGAAGAAUCCCACCAAGUACACCACGAUCGAAACGUCUUCUCUCUGAUGACAGAAGCAAUAUUCUAAUAUAUAUGACAGGCCAUGGUGGAAAUGGUUUCCUAAAAUUUCAAGAUUCUGAAGAAAUCACAAAUGUAGAACUUGCUGAUGCCUUUGAACAAAUGUGGCAGAAAAGAAGGUACAAUGAAUUGUUGUUUAUUAUUGAUACUUGUCAAGGAGCAUCUAUGUACGAACUGUUUUAUUCGCCUAAUAUAAUGGCCUUGGCUAGCAGCCAAGUAGGAGAAGAUUCUUUAUCACAUCAACCUGAUCUUGGAAUUGGUGUUCAUCUUAUGGACAGGUACACAUUCUAUGUGCUAGAGUUCUUGGAAGAAAUUCAUCCAGCUAGUCAGACAAACAUGAAUGACCUAUUUCAGGUCUGUCCAAAAAGCUUGUGUGUUUCAACACCUGGACAUCGAACUGAUCUCUUUCAGCGAGACCCGCAAGAUGUUCUGAUAACAGAUUUCUUUGGCAGCGUGAGAAAAGUAGAGAUUACAUCAGAGACGGUUUCUUUGGAGAGUGAUCUAGCCGGUUUUGAAAGCAAGCUUCCAAAGGAUGAGUUGGCAACAGAACCAUUAAAAUAUGCAGAACAACUUCCUGUAGCUCAAAUAAUACACCAGGAUGACCAGAAAAUUGGAUUCUUCAUAUUACUCUCACUUUAGAAUUCAGUUUUAUUCCAACAAAAUACAUUACAUGACUACCCAACAAAAAGCCUUUUGUCACGUCAUCUUGCAUUAGGACAUUUGCCAGGUCAGGCUUUGCUUUUGCAGUUCUGAGCAACUUACUGAAAACGUUUCCCUCUUAUCACUUCUUGAGGCUGCUUUGGAGUACAUGGAGAACAGCAGUCUGUUCUGGCAGGGUUCACUUCUGUCUGUUCCAGACUAGAGAUGAGAAAAGCUGUUUCUGAUGCAUGCCAUGGAAAUCUGUUGACAUUCUUUUCCUCACCAGCUGACAUGAAGUCCUUUCAUGGGGCUCAAGCAUUCUGACUGCAUUCAUGUGCAGAGCUAAACUCAGAUGUGUUACCUUUUGCUGAACCAGCCUUUCAUCAUCUAGGGCACUUGGGAUGUAUGGGAGUUAGAAUAAGUUAAUGUGGCUUACUAAGAUAUUUUUUUCCAAUUCCUUUUAUGUAUUAAACAUAUGUUUGCCUGCAUUUUAUAACUCUUAAUGGAAGCAGUCUCAAGUGGGCUGCAUGUUAUCCAGUAACUAAGCAUUUGCUUAUCCCCCUACAUUAUGUAUUGUUUGUGGAUUGAGUUUCUCUCACUGUUGCAUAAACUGAAAAUUAUUUUAAUUUUUAACUUCCUUUAAAUUGAAUGCUACCUAGUAGAAAACUUGAUGCUCAAAAGGAGCAAAACAGGCUUUUUGUGGAAAGCUAUGACUGCACAAUUUUACCAACCACCAAAUCAAAUAUGUCAUAGAGCAGGGAAGAUAUUCCUGCCAACACUGUGUGCUGGUUGGUGCAUAUAGGUUCACUCCCUGGUAUGUCUUCUAAUAAUAAAAUCAAUUUAAAAAAUGAUAAUAUCACUCUUGCAGUGUGUGUGAAUCAUGUAAUGUAUGCAACAUGUACACUUAAAUCUAGAGAGUGAGUUCUUAGUGAUUUUUGUAGUUUUCUAUAAAUAAUAAAUUAAGAAUGGAAUAAUCCUAUUUCUUUGACUCACUCCAGGAAACCAACACAAAUUCUUGACUUGGUUGUAGAUGAUACAGAUCUUUUUACUGGCAAAACAUUAGAUGCCAAACAUUUUCAGGCAUAUUUUCAUCAAGUGAACUACUGCAGAGUCAGUUAUGGUGUUCAAAACCUUCAUAUGUGAGCUGGUAGUCCAUACAAACAAUGCAGCUGUCUCUUUUCUCCCUCAAAAUUAAGUAGCACGUUAACCUACGAAUCUGAAGAGCAAAACCAUAAUGUUUGUGACGUAGAGCAUGUCUCUGAGUGUGGCAAUGGUAUUUUUGUAGAAGAUUUAAAUUGUAUUCUUCUUAAUUUGUUGUUGUUUUUCUCGUCAGUUCUUUCCAAUCACAGAAUAAAUGGUGUGGAGUUGGCAUAAAUUACUGAUGAUCUGUUUUUACAGACAAAGCACAGCUGCUUCUUUGUUAUGUUAUUCAUCUGAGCAUGAGAGACUCCCUGGAAGCAGAGACCUAGUAAAGAAAUCUCUUUUCUUCUGCCUUUCUUUUAAAGGACUGUUAUGGCUGAUCACACUCUGCUUACCCUGGAUCAUUUUUUUACUGUAUCUCAACCACAGUGAAAGUUCUACUUCUUUAUUUUUUUUAAACUCUGAAAUAUUAGAUUAAA